UCUACAAUCAACGUAAACAUCGAAAUAUUACCUGAGAAAAAAAAAUUAGAAUACAAUGGCUUCUGAGCAAACUCGCAGAGACAACACCAGCGAGGAGAUAGAAAUUCACAUAAAGAAAGAUACGGUGCCAAAGAUUACGAGCCACUUUGAGUCUUUGGCGGAGCAAGCAAAAGAAUCAGACAACAUAGAAACUCAUGUGGAGGGUGCUAAAGAUGAGAGGGUUAGUGCUGCAAAAGCUAUAGGAGAUGUAGGUGGAGCUACCCAUGAACUGGCUUGCCAGUUUGAAUCUCUUGCGGAUAAAGUGAAGCAUGAGAAAGAAAGUUACCAGGAGAAUGAGAAAGAGAAGAAUGCUGAUGAAGCAAGGGGUAGGAAUAUGGUUGAAGUCAAAGAAGUUGAAGCUAGGGAAGGUCAAGGAGGAGGGCAAAGAGGGCUUUAUACUGUGGGAAAGUUUGAAGUAAUUGUCAAGGACGAGAAGGGUGCAGAGGAAGCUAAAGGCAGAGAAGGUGAAGCUGAAAAAAAAGAUCGAAGCAAGGAAAAGUCUGAAGAGAAGAGAGGAGUCACAGAAACGAGAAGCAAAGAAGAGUGUCAUGAAGAGAGAAGAGGAGGCGCAGAGAUGAGAAGCAGAGAAGAGGGAUAUGAGCUAGGAGGUGACACAAAGAUGAGAACCAAACAAGAAUGCCGUGUGAAUAGAGGAGACAUAGAAGAGGGUCAAGAGCAAAAGGAACAACCUUCUCUAGAAGAGAUUGCCAGGUUCAGAGCAACGGCGCAGCAAAAUUCUAUGGAGACGUUAAGGGCCGCGGAGGAGAGGUAUGAGAUGGCAAAAGAAUCUUUAAGCCAGGGAGUGAGUGCUACACCUGAGUAUGCAAAAGAGAAGGCUGCACAAGCAAAGGACACAGUCGUCAAUACAGGUCUCAAUGCAACUGAGUUAGCGGCAGAGAAGGCUGCACAAGAAAAGGACAAAGUCGUCAAUACAGGACGCACUGCAACUGAGUUAGCGGCAAAGAAGGCUGCACAAUCAAAGGACACUAUUAAAGAGAAAGGUGCACAAACAAAGGACACCAUCGUAGAGAAGGGAGCACAAGCGAAGGACACCAUCCAAAAUACAGCUAGAGCUGCAACCGAGUAUGCCACACAGAAAGAAGCACAAGCAAAGGACAACGUGCUAAAUACAAGUGUGGCUGUGAAAGACACUGCAGCAGAAAAGGGUGCACAAGCGAAGGACACCAUUGCAGAGAAAGGUGCACAAGCAAAGGACACCGUCCUAAAUACAGCUCGGGCUGCAACCGAGUAUGCCACAGAGAAGGGAGCGCAAGCAAAGGACACCGUGCUAAAUACAAGUUUGGCUGUGAAAGACACUGCAGCAGAGAAGGGUGCACAAGCUGAGGAUAUCGUAGAAAAAACUAGUGUUAUGAAAGACACUGCAAUAGAAAAGGGAGCACAAGCUAAAGGAUAUAUCUUAGAGAAAAGUGAGGUUGUGAAAGACACUGCAGUUGAGAAAGGUGCACAAGAAAAGGACACAAUUGUAAUCACUGCGAAGACAGCUGCGGAUUAUACAGCAUUGACCACAGAGAAAGCAAAGGACUAUGCGUUACAUAAGGCAGCAGAAGCGAAAGACACGGUUGUGCAUGCAGGGGAGACCACUGCCCAUUAUGUUGAAGAGAAAGCUGUUGCUGCAAAAGAUGUCACUUCGGAAACUGGCAAGGUUGCAAUUGAUUAUGCUGGGAAAACAGCUGUGGAAGCAAAGGAUAGAGCAGCUGUGGCAGGGUGGACGGCCGCGCAUUACUCGUGUGAGAAAGCUGUGGAGGGAACCAAAAUGGCAGCCAGAGCUGUUAAAGGAGCGGCAGAGUAUACAGGUCAUGUAGCUAACGAGCUUGCAGUCAAGCCAUUGUCUGCUGCAAAGGAUGUUGUUAUAUCAACAGGAGAGAGUGCAAAAGAUUAUACAGCUCGGAAGAAAGAAGAAGCUCAGAGAGAAUUGGAGGCUAUAAGAUCAGCCGAAAGAGAGGUUUGUCUGUACCAAUAUUAUAUCUUUACUGUUGCAUAUUUUUGUGGUCCUUUCAUAUUUAAUCAAAGACUCAGCAGUCCGCACCCAGAAGUAGAUUCAGAAAAUGCAUAUUCAAGGAGGAAAAAGAAAUUACAUUUCAGACCACCUAUGGUUGAUACUAACGUUGAGUUCGUUGCUUACCAGCGAGAAGAUUACAAAUGGGAUUCGCAAAUUCAAGAAACAAAAAUAGAAGAGAAGGUGGAAAAAGAGGCCAAACCGUCCGAGAAGGUCAACCAGGGAACCUUUCAGGGAACCCAAGAGCAAGAACAUGGAUAAGGAGGAGAGGAGGAUGGGGUUAUUGGGGAAACAAUAGUUGAGAUUGCUCAGCAAACAAAACAGCUUGUUAUUGGGCAAGACCAUGCUGGAACAGAGGAUAGGGGUGCCUACAAGUCUGGCUCAACUACCUAUGGCAAGAAAGAACAAUAAGCAUGAAGAGGGGGAUGAAAGUCAAAAUAAAUAAAUUCAUGUUUUGAUGUUUGAAUGUUGAUGUAUAGAGAUGGGAGGAGUAAUUGCUUAUAUAUUGUAUUGUAGGUGUUUUGUGUAUUUUUGUGUGAGAAUAAAUUUGAAUGUUGAUGUAUAGAGAUGGGAGUAUGUUUAUGUCAUUGUUAUGACACUAUUUACUCCCAUUUUGCCCAGGUUGCCUAUUUUUGUUCCAGCUUAUGAAAAAAUA